GAAUAAACCAGAAGGUGGAGGAGAAGCUGAGAGAUACUGCGAAUGAAGGAGAUUGUGCCUUGUCCACGCACGAACCCUAAAAAUCCACUAUUUGUCUAAUUCUUCUGUUAAACUGAACAUUUGUCUGCCGCGGGAAUCAUGCUGUUCCAUAGGCUUUCAAGAUUAGGUUCUCGCAUUGCUAAAGAGCUUCCAAGAGAGAAAUGGCAUUUCUCAGUUUGUGGGAUGCGGGUUUUACAAAGGUCUUAUGGCCAAUACCUGCAAUCUUCGGCUGUAACUCAGAUGCAAUCUAGGACGUUUCAGCAACCCUUUUUCUCAAGUAACUAUUAUAACCUGUGUUCAUCCUUCAGCACUGUCUCUGAAAAUAGCCCUGAAGAAACAGAAAAGAUAAACGUUAUCUUUGUUGAUAAAGAUGGAGAGGAGAUCCAAAUUAAAGUCCCUGUAGGAAUGAACAUCCUUGAAGCUGCUCAUGAAAACGAUAUCGAACUCGAAGGGGCUUGUGAAUGUUCUCUAGCCUGUUCCACCUGCCAUGUGAUUGUUAUGGACACCGAGUACUACAACAAACUCGAAGAACCAACAGAUGAAGAGAAUGAUAUGCUGGAUCUUGCUUUUGGUUUAACAGAAACGUCACGAUUGGGAUGUCAAGUCAUAGCAAAGCCAGAGCUAGAUGGAAUACGCUUAGCCAUUCCUUCAGCCACUAGGAAUUUCGCAGUUGAUGGUUUCGUUCCAAAACCUCAUUAAGCCACAUCAAAGUCUCACAGAGGAUGAGUAUUCAAUCAGUUGAGUUACUUGUGUUGAAAGAGUUUACACUUGUUUAGAAUCCGAAAACUUUAUUAUAAUAAAACCUUAAAGGAGUUGUAACUCAGAAAGUGAGAGACUCCACACUUUCUCAUCUCUUUUUGGCAGCAUUCUUUUUGUAUGUUUUGAUUUUGUUACGAAUAUGAAGUUC